AUGGAUAAAGUGCAACCCAACUUUCUUAACGGAGGCCCGACAUUUAAAGGGGUCGACCCUGCCCUCGUCAACCCAGAUGCGACCGGGCCGCUGCAGGGAAGCACCUUAGCAACCAGGAUUGCGACCUCAAGUUCUGUAAUCACUCCCGGUCCGGACGCCGUCGAGAUUCCCGAACUAUGUGGCUUCAAAGACCGCACGACACCCUUCAUGUGCGCCUCUGGAGAGACGUGCAUGUUUAACACGGACAUUUAUGCCGCUGCGUGCUGCACCGGCGACUCCUGCCCCUGGAAGACGACGUGUUGUGGGUAUUCGAUGUCCGAUCCUGCGCCCAGUGUUUGCGGCAACGGAUUGAGUUAUGCAGCGUGUGCUGCUUCGGGUGCCUAUUCACUAAACUCUCGCUGCAUUACAUACCGGUUUGAAUCCGGAUUUACCAUGUACGCAGCGUGCUGGACGUUCCCUGCCUACUCUGAGUCCAUCCACUUCACGACCGCAGGCGCCACGACGGCCUGGCCUGGUCUGCCGAGACUUACGGGCUCGAAUGGGCCGCCUAUGAAGACGACAUCCACAGCCGCAGUCGAGACUGUCGUGGUGAAAUCUACAAAUACUGGUGCCGUAGCAGGGAGCGUCGUUGGUGGGAUCGUACUGGGAUUUCUGCUCGCAGUUGGCGGCUGGUUCUUCUAUCGUUGGCUCACCGCGAAAAGGUUAGCUAGGCUAGCUCCCACAAGCCACAACCAGGUUCAGCAGUACUACGAAAGGCAGGAGAUGGAUGCAGCGCAGGCCCCGGGUGGAUACAUCCAGAGCUACUCACCGGAUCAUGCGUACGGGGUCGUUCCCUCUCCUCAACAGCCGUAUGCAGGUCCAGAAGCGAAUGCACCAGCUAGACACGAAUUGGGGACGACCUCACAAUAA